CAAGUAUUUUGGUAUUAGGCAUGAUAGGGAUAUAACAGUAAGCAUUGUUUUUUGUCAAAAGUCUUAAAAAAUCAUUAUUGUGAUCGCAGUUUAAAAUUAAAAGGGUACGUUUUCCAUGCGCGAGGCUACGAAUUUUUUGAUAUCCCCUCUUAGUAUAACUCAGGGGCUACUAAUAUGCAUCUAGCCCACCUCUGGUCUAUUGUUUAAACUUUUCCAGAAAACAAACAGUGUUCCGUUCAACAACUUAUUACGUAAUUCUGUACAUUUUUUUAUUGACGAUAUACUACUCAGGUUCACUGUAGUGUAAAUGAACAAGAUUUUUUUUACGUGAAGCCCGAGGUGUGCAAACGAAACACGUACAGAAUUGAAAUAAAAUAGUAUAAAGGUCGAUCAAAGUGAGCAACUAAUGCAGAUCCUUAAAGAUGCUGGCGAUAAACUUGACCUCGGUGUGUUUUGUUGUAACAAUUCUUGUUUCUAAUGUGUCAUCUUACGGUGAAUAUGUUCCCAAAUCAAUCUUCUUAAUCGAUGAAUUAGGACAAAUAACCAAUGAAUACAAAGUAAGAAGCAGACGUGACUUGGAGAAUGUAAUUCUAAGAUUCAGAAGAUCGCCAGGAAAUAGCCAGGGCGGUGGAUCUGCUAAUUCAUAUUCUGGUUCAUAUUCACAUUCUGGAGCAGAUGGAGGGUCAUCAUAUAUCCCAGAUUUCAGCAAUUUUGCAGCAAAUUUCCCAUCGAAUUUGGAAGAUAUACAAAGGCAAGCUGAAAGCUUUGCAAACGUACAUGGUAGAAGUGGCGGUGCACCACUUCCAGAAGACUUAGGCUACAGAGGGCCCAUACUUUUCAGCAGAAGUGGGGUAGGUAAAGGAACAGGUGUAAAAGUGUCAGGAGCUGCUCAGGGACCUCGCGGUGCAUUCAGUUCUUCAUCAUCGUCUGUAGAUGAUCAAGGAAAUGUCAAAUAUGAUGUCAAAUCAGGAAAAUAUUAAGAACAGAUAAUAAAAAUACUUACCUGUUAAUGACUAGAUUAUGUAAAUAUUUAUUUUUUUUAUUGAGUCACACUUAUAAAAUAAAAAUACACAAACAUGCA